CCUCCUUUUCCUACAAACACACGAACGCGAGUAACACCGGCAGCUUUAACUAUUAUCACACUGUCACCGGAGGAGGAAUGUCACAUGAAGCCAUAAUAAUCCGGAAUAACGGGACAAAACAGCAGGAUCCGAGAUCAGCCAGAAGACGGUGAAUCGACUGAAAUCCCAAAUCCAAAAACACUCGGAGAAAUCUGCAAAGACUGCACUCUGACGCCUUAAACACACACACUGAAGAAGUACAGGGAGCCAGAUAAAUGGCUGACAAACAGAUCAGUUUGCCUGCCAAGCUAAUAAACGGCGGUGUGGCGGGACUGAUCGGCGUUACCUGCGUGUUUCCCAUCGAUCUGGCCAAAACCCGCCUUCAGAACCAGCAGAAUGGAUCGCGCCUCUAUACCAGCAUGUCAGACUGCCUUAUUAAGACCAUCCGCUCAGAAGGAUACUUCGGCAUGUACAGAGGUGCGGCUGUGAACUUAACUCUCGUCACUCCUGAAAAAGCCAUCAAGCUGGCGGCAAAUGAUUUCUUCAGAUUUCACCUCUCUAAGGACGGGCAGAAACUCACUCUACUGCGAGAGAUGCUGGCCGGCUGCGGGGCGGGAACAUGUCAGGUCAUCGUUACAACACCAAUGGAGAUGCUGAAGAUUCAGCUGCAAGAUGCCGGAAGAAUCGCGGCCCAGAGGAAGCUCAUGCCUCAGGCUGUGACCCCCGAGGGCCCCGUGGAGUUGAAGUCCCCCACAGCUAUGCAACUCACCAGACAGUUACUGAAGGAAAAGGGCAUCGCGGGUCUUUACAAGGGCCUGGGAGCCACGCUGCUCAGGGAUGUCCCGUUUUCUAUCAUUUAUUUCCCUCUGUUUGCUAAUCUGAAUAAUCUGGGGAAGAGAGGAGUCGACGGUCCCGCUCCCUUCUACGUCUCGUUCAUAUCGGGCUGCAUUGCGGGCAGCACAGCCGCCGUCGCUGUCAACCCUGUAGAUGUGAUAAAGACCAGGCUACAGUCGCUGACACGAGGGAGUCAAGAGGACACUUACAGCGGGGUGACCGACUGCAUCAGGAAGAUUCUACGCAAAGAAGGUCCUGCUGCUUUCCUGAAGGGGGCGUACUGUCGAGCUCUCGUCAUCGCGCCGCUCUUCGGCAUCGCUCAGGUGGUUUACUUCCUCGGCGUAGGCGAACUCAUCUUGAGCUACCUGCCCAAACGAAACAACUAACCACCCAUCCCAUCAUGCAUUGCACCAGUCGGUUUCCCGCCCCCCUCACAGGUCACCAUUACCGAAGGAUCAAAGCGUAACGUGGACCAGUCUGAUUUAAAUCGUUUGUUGUUGUGCGUUUGUGUUCAAAGCGUCGUGUAUUUUUAUCUGAAUGUGGUGGUUUUAAUACUGAGCGUAAAGUGAGAUUGUGUUUGCCAAGCUGCCUGUUUUUUUUGUCUCGUCCGGUCUCACGCUGAGACAA